UAUUAUGUAUUUUUGCAUCCGCAGAUUUGGGUGAAAGCUGGUUGCAGACAUCUCAUCCCUGUUAAUCUUCCGUCCGGCGUCAUCCUUCAGUGGCGCUUCACAUCUGAGCCUAAGAAUGUGUCUUUCGCUGUCUUGCACCAACCCGGAAUGGAGGAGAAGACGCCCCUCGGCGAGAGCCAAGGGAAAGAGGAUGAGGAGAGAGACGAGACGAGAGACGAGAUGAGAGACGAGGAGAGAGACCGACGACCCUCCUCAUCUGCCUUUACUUCUCCCUCUCCCUCGAGUUCCCUUGUGACUAACACCUCCACCUCCCACACCCCCUUCUCCUCCACCUCCACCACCUUCACCUCCAACACUCCCUUCUCCACCACCCCCACCCCCCACCGCGUCCUGGUCCCCAGCACCCGCGUGGCCUCGGCGCAGGGAGCGGCCGUCAAGGGGAGACUCAGCACCAAGCAGCCGGGAAUCUACACGUUUCUCUUCGAUAACUCCUUUGCCAGGUUGGUUUAGGGGGAGGGGGAAGGA